AUGCAAUCAGGACUCUCGGCGCCCACGUCUCCCGACCCAUAUCUGUCACCGCGAACAGUCGUCCCAGGGCUUCACGCUAUCUCCAGAGUACCAUCAUCCUCCAGCGCCGGGUCACGAGCAGGUGGUGGACCAGGAGGCCCAUCUCAAGAUUCUCUAACGGCGCUCGAGACUUACAAGGCUCGUGAUACGUCCAAAGUUGUCGUGCGCUUCAAAGCAGUCGGGAAUGCUCCCAUUAUGAAGCAGAACUUCUACAAGAUUACUGCGAGCAAUCGGUUUCAGACCGUCAUCCAGUUUCUGAGGAAGGAGCUGGGUUGGAAAAGCGGGGAUGCUCUGUUCACAUAUAUUAAUUUGGCAUUUUCACCUGCACCCGAUGACACCGUGUCGAAUCUAUUCAAAUGCUUCCAAACAGAUGGUCAUCUAAUAGUUAACUAUAGGUAG